AUGCGGCGAACAAUACGGGUUUUCACGGGUAAAUUGUUGUGGGAGGACUUCACCAAUACUCGUCUUAUCACUAUAAAUCGUGAGAAGGCUCUGAACUCUAUGGAUUUGGAAAUGGUGAAAGCCAUGCAACGGGCGUAUGUUCAUGAGCCACACGCCAAGGGGGACUCUGCGCUUUUUGUUGUCAAGGGUGCAGGCAACAAGAGUUUUUGCGCUGGUGGAGAUAUCGUCAGUCUCAAAGACAGGUAUGACGUUGCUGCGGAGUUUUUUUAUACGGAAUAUCAAAUGAACUAUCACAUACUUACCAUGCCGAACCCGCAGGUCUCCCUGUGGGAUGGCUACGUCAUGGGUGGAGGCGUCGGUGUUUCUGUCCAUGGGCGAUAUCGCGUGGCGUCGGAGCGUGCCGUCUUUGCAAUGCCUGAAACGGCCAUUGGUCUCUUUCCAGAUGUGGGGGCGUCGUGGUUUCUGCCUCGUCUAAAGAUGAAGGGACUUGGCCUGUAUCUUGGUCUCACAGGAGCUAGGCUGAAGGGGGCCGAUGUGGCACACACGGGUCUUGCAACGCAUUACGUCCCGUCAGCCCGCUUUUGUGAGUUGGAGGAACGCCUGUGCCACAUUGACGAUCCUGCGAAGGUGGAGGCAUGCCUGGAGGAGUUUGCUGUGAGGGAUUUGCCACCGUUUACGCUUGAGCCCCACCGUGAGACCAUUGAGAAGAGCUUUGCAUUGGAGGAAAAAACCACCGUGGAGGGCAUAUAUGAGUCUCUCUCUGCUGACGGUGGGGAAUUUGCAAAGGGUACCAUAAACACGUUGAACCGAAUGGCACCCACAUCUCUCCGCGUGUCCCUAGAGAUGCAGAAGAGGGGCGUGAAAAUGACAGAUCCCGCAGACGUGUUUCGAAUGGAUUACAUUGGGUCUCUGAGGACCCAUGCCAAUUCGGACUUUCAUGAAGGGGUGAGGGCACUGCUUGUUGACAAGACAAAGGAUCCCAAGUGGAAGCCGGCCAAGCUUUCCGACGUCACUGCGGAUUAUGUGGAGGCGUACUUUAAGCCUAUGGGGAAUCAAGCUCGCCAGUGGCAUCCGACCGUGCCGUACUAA